AUGUUCAACAAAUAUUUGCUUUUAUUGGUUGGCUUAGUAGCUGCCAUUUAUAUACCUACGACAAAUGCUUAUGGCAUUUGCACAUGUUUUUGUUGUGAAGGUAGCAGUUGUGAACCAAUAGCUGAGGGUGAAAUAGAUAUUCCAUCAUGCGAAGAAGGUUCAUGUCUUCAAGCCUGUAGAGCGAAGUUUCCAUUAUCCUGCAGUAGUCCUUCUACAGGCGGAGUUGAAGGAGACUGUAGGGAAGUAACAGGUACUCCCUCAACAUCUUCAACUACGGUAAUAACGACUUCAACGACAACAGCAAUUCCAACUACCACAACUACUACACCAAUUCCAACGACCACAACUUCUACACCAUCUACAACUGCGUCUACACCAUGGCCUGUUGUAACAAAUACAACUACAUCAAGCCAAAGUACAACAACAACAUCAAGUGAAUCAACAAUAACAUCCAGUGAAACUACAGCAACUAGUACUACCACAGGUUCUACUACAACGGCUGAUACUACUACCAAAAUUAUAACCAUCACAGUUACAACACCAUCCACAACUUCAGCAGCAACAACAUCCACUGGAAACAUAACUGUCACUGUCACCACUAGCACUACUACCGAUACAAGCUCGACUUCAUCUGAAUCUUCGACAUCAACUACAACUUCUGCUUCAGGACCUACUAGUAGUACUACUCAAACAUCACCACUAACAACUACAACUUCAUCAGGAACAACAACAACAGCCACAGGAACCACAACAUCAACAACAGCUGCUCCAGCAACAACAACAAAACAUAGUGGUGCAUUUACUGUUCAAGAAAGUCCAUUAUUUAUUAGUUUACUUUUAUCAUCUGUUCUUCUCGUAACAAAAAUUAUAUUUUAA